UCAGUGUUUCAAUUAUUUCACCAAUCAAAAUUGCUUCGCCAUUUAAAAGAUUUUUGGGCGGCUGCAUUGGUCAUUUUGCAAUAUUUCACAAGCAGUUGCGAGGAGCUAUAAUGGAUACGGAACCUUUGGAUCCUAUGGAUAUAUUGGCCUACACUACUGAGGAAUUGCAAGGGCGUUUUCGCCGUGCCAAAGAUGGCACAGAGAAAGCUAAAGUCUUUGCUGAUUUCCUAUGUCGUUGGGAUGCAGACGCUGCGCUAGCACCUGUGAAAAAUAUGAAGAUCGAAUUUCAAGCAGAUCUCGAUUGGUUCAAUGUUACACGGCCAUUACCUUUGAAGUCGCUGCAUGGCAAGCUAGUUGUGCUCGAUUUCUUUACCUACUGUUGCAUCAAUUGUAUGCACAUUUUGCCAGAGUUGCAUGCGCUCGAAGAACUCUAUCCACCCGAAAGUGGUCUGGUUGUGAUCGGUGUGCAUAGUCCCAAAUUCGAGAAUGAAAAAGAUGGUGCGAACAUACUCUCUGCAGUACAACGUUACGGUAUUACACACCCCAUCGUGAACGAUGCGCACAUGACAUUAUGGCGCGCAAUUGGCAUACGUUGUUGGCCAUCAUUACUGGUGCUGAGUCCCAGCGGUGCGCCAAUGUUGCUACUGAUGGGUGAAGGACAUGGCGCUUUUCUACAAAGCUUUACUGAGCAGGCAUUACGUCAUUACAAAGCAAAGGGUGAAAUUGAUAACUCUGCGCUACCGCUGAAAUUGUCCACCGAUGCGGUGCCAGCGUCAAACUUACGUUUUCCGGCAAAAAUUGCGCGUAGCGAAAAUGGACAAUUUGCUGUUGCUGAUGCCGGCAAUCAUCGUGUUUUAAUUUUUGAUAGCGCUGGUGUAGUGCGUCAACGCAUAGGUGGCUGCACGGCUGGUUUCGUGGAUGGUGAUUUUGCGACGGCACGAUUUAACUCACCACAAGGUCUGGAUUUUCUUGAUGAUGACGUUUUAAUUGUCGCCGAUACAGAAAAUCAUGCUUUACGCCAAAUAACAUUGAGUGCGCGUCGUGUCGAAACCCUUGCCGGCACGGGACAACAGGGUAAUGAUCGUGUGGGCGGUAAAUUGGGUCCACUACAAGCCAUCUCAUCGCCUUGGGACAUAGCUGCGUUCCGUAUGCGCGACAUGGAUAUGUCAUUCCACUUAGAUGAACGUAAUGUACCUGAAAAAGCGAUUGUUUUAGUGGCUAUGGCUGGCACUCAUCAAAUUUGGGGUUACUUUCCGGAAGGUAUCAUUUGGUGGAAAUACCGACAGUUAGAUCCACGUGCAUGUGUAGCAAUUAUCGGUAAUGGCAUGGAGGAGAAUCGUAAUAAUUCAUAUCCACAAAAUGCCGCAUUCGCACAACCCUCUGGCUUAGCUUUGGGCAAAAAUUUUCUCUACAUUGCGGACAGUGAGAGUUCCAGCAUACGUAAAGUGUCGAUGGUGGAUGGCAAAGUAAUGCCGGUUGUAGGCGGUGACCGUAAUCCAUUAAAUUUAUUUGCAUUCGGUGACAUCGAUGGCAAACAGUAUAAUGCAAAGUUACAGCAUCCGCUUGCUGUCACCUAUAACAGUGCAACUGAUAAAAUAUUUAUUGCCGAUACCUAUAAUCACAAAAUCAAAGUAAUAGACACCGCCUCAAGUUGUAUAGAAACACUGUUGAUUAAAGACGAAAGUGGUGCGCCAUUACAAUUUAAUGAACCCGCGGGCUUGUGUUUCGAUGCCAGCGGCCAAUUGCUUUACAUCGCUGACACCAAUAAUCACCGCAUACAAUUGGUAGAUAUGAAAACACUUAACGCGAAAACCUUCAAACUAGACUUCAAUGCAAUUGCGGCCGCCACCAGUGACACGGAAACCGAUUCAGCACUUAGCAGCGGCUUGCAAUUGCUCAAAAGUGUGCCAUUGCGUAGCUGUGUCCAAUUGAAGUUGCAUGUAAAUAUCAAUUUAACUAACGAAUUGAAGUUCACUGAGGCGGCACCACAACGUUGGACACUAAAAAGUGCUACACCGGGUUUGAAAGCGUCAGCGACUUCAGGCCAAAUAACUAAUGGUGUAAUGAAUUUGCAAUUUGAUCGCAAUGCCGCUUUGCUGCCGGCGGAGGAAGAGGUUAAGUUGGAUCUAGCGCUAAGUUUGUGUGAUGCCAAAAGUUGUCUUAUGAAGCGUUUUGCUUUAGUGCUGAAAGAUAGCAACGCAGAUGCUGACAAGCCAAUUGAUAAAGCGUGUGUACUCAAUGAAAACAUAUAUAUUAAUAUUACGCCAAACGAGAUUGUUAUUAGUUAGUGAAGUUUAAGCAUAAACUUGUGUACAUUUGUUGUACAAUUUAUAAAGAAAUUGUUGUGCGUUGUGUUGUUGCCUACAAGUCAACAAAUUAUAUAAAUUCGCGGAUAUGUUGUAAAGUGACCAAUUUUGUAAAAAAACAAUAUCAACACUACAAAGAACUUGAGGCGGGUUUUAUAAUUGCAAAUAAAGUGUGUACUUAAAAGGAGUAAGUGUGCACAGUGUAA